GCUUGCCGCCUGCAGCAGCAUCGAUCGCAACAGAAGGAACCAGAGAUAGUUUUGAGUUGAAUUGGGUUGGGUUGCGUUGUGUCCGUACGAGGGAGGAGGAGAGCUGAGACGCUGAGACUAGCUGGGAGUGUGGUGGUGGUGGUAGUGUGUGGUGUGAGCUCGAUCUAUACUGAAAUGGACAGCUCCAGCUGCCUGGUGGAUGACACCAACAGCGGCGGCUCGUCGUCCGCGGACAAGCUGAGGGCGCUGGCGGCGGCGGCGGCGGAGACGGCGCCGCUGGAGCGCAUGGGGAGCGGCGCCAGCGCGGUGGUGGACGCGGCGGAGCCUGGGGCGGAGGCGGACUCCGGGGCCGGGGCCGGGGCCCGUGUGGGUGUGGGUGGAGGCGGCGCGGGAGGGAAGCUGCCGUCGUCCAAGUUCAAGGGCGUCGUGCCGCAGCCCAACGGGCGGUGGGGCGCGCAGAUCUACGAGCGCCACCAGCGGGUGUGGCUCGGCACGUUCGCCGGCGAGGACGACGCCGCGCGCGCCUACGACGUCGCCGCGCAGCGCUUCCGCGGCCGCGACGCCGUCACCAACUUCCGCCCGCUCGCCGAGGCCGACCCCGACGCGGCCGCCGAGCUCCGCUUCCUCGCUACGCGCUCCAAGGCCGAGGUCGUCGACAUGCUCCGCAAGCACACCUACUUCGACGAGCUCGCGCAGAGCAAGCGCGCCCUCGCGGCCUCCACCCCGUCGGCCGCGACCACCACCGCCUGCCUCGCGAACGACAACCUCUCCUCGCCCCGCUCCCCCUCCGCCGGCGCCGCGGCGCGCGACCACCUGUUCGACAAGACGGUCACCCCGAGCGACGUGGGCAAGCUGAACAGGCUUGUCAUACCGAAGCAGCACGCCGAGAAGCACUUCCCGCUACAGCUCCCGUCCGCCGGCGGCGAGAGCAAGGGCGUCCUCCUCAACUUCGAGGACGCCGCCGGCAAGGUAUGGCGGUUUCGGUACUCGUACUGGAACAGCAGUCAGAGCUACGUGCUAACCAAGGGCUGGAGCCGCUUCGUCAAGGAGAAGGGCCUCCACGCAGGCGACGUCGUCGGUUUCUACCGUUCCGCCACCAGCACCGGCGACGAAGGCAAGCUCUUCAUCGAGUGCAAGUUAGUACGGACGACCAGCGCCGCCCUCGCAGCGCCCGCUGAUCAGCCAGCAGCGUCGCCGGUGAAGACCGUCAGGCUCUUCGGCGUGGACCUGCUCAAGACGCCAGCGCCGGAGCAGCAGAUGGCCGGGUGCAAGAGAGCGAGGGACUUGGCGACGACGACGCCUCCACAAGCGGCGGCGGCGGCGGCGUUCAAGAAGCAAUGCAUAGAGCUGGCACUAGUGUAGAGUAGCACUAUUAGCUCGAUCUCUCUAGCUAGUGUCUUUUUGCUCCCAUGCAUCAUAAUUCAGGUGGUUAGCUAGCUUAAUCCCUUCUUGAUCCUAUCUAACCUCACUUGGUUUUGUUAAUUUAUUCGUCCAUGUUCUUGCUUGCUUUGCUGUAAAUCUUUUCCUCCAAGUGUACACUAGUAGUAUUACACUAAUGAAGCAUAGCCCUAGAAGGCUCCCAACUGACAAAGAGAAGAAGAAGAAGAAACAUUUGAAAUUGUCCA